AUGACGCUCUUCUGUGCCUUCGUGCUUCUCGUGGGCUGCCCGCUGGGCUUCGUGGACUCGGCCUGGACCUAUAAUUUGAAAUGCCACGACUGUUGGGCCAUAAACAGCUUCACCUGUCCAAACGUUAGAGAGUGUCCUUAUGAAUUUAGGCGCUGUCUGACUGUCUCCACUCGUUUGAGUCCUCGGGAACUGCUCGUUUACAAGAACUGUACAAACAACUGCACGUUUGUGUAUGCAGCCCAUCAGCCUCCUGAAGCCCCCAGAAAAAGAUAUUUUCUCACUAACAGUUUCUACUGGGUUAGUUGCUGUAAUUCUAUGACUUGCAAUUAUGGAGGACCUACUAAUCUUGAGAGGGACAUCUUACCCGAUUACACAGUUGAGGAGGAACUCGAAGGAACUGUGCGACCGGGGGGGUCAACUUUGUUCCUGAGCUUUGUCUCCAUCCUAGUCAGCAAAACACUGGCGUGA